UUUAUUGUGCUGAUAUAUCUCUUAACAAUCUUUGCUCCGGAACUUUGCUUGACAUAAUUGGGGUCAUUCUGAAAGGCGCAAUACUAUAUGCUUCAAAUCUAAGCAUAACCUCCAUAGCUUUUGUAGAUCCUCCAACAGCUAUUAAUGCCAGAUUGUGUGACUAGCUGAUAAAAAGGAUCAAACUCAACUCCUUCUAGAUCUGUUGUAAGCAAGUUUGCUUCAGAUUUAAAAGCCUGCCUUAAGUCUAAAAAUAGUUUUGUGAAGUCUAUUGGCUCUUUCCAUAAGCAUCAUCAGACAUCACUCAUCGUUACAGAGGUAGUAAGAGCUGUAUGUGUCUGAGUUAUCACUUUACCUAGCUUUUAUUGUCCGUUUGAACUUUACUAGAUGAAGAUCAAAAAGUGUCAAGUAUAGAGAACAGUGUCCAACUAAAUUUAUUUUGUUUCUCCAACCUUCAGACAUAAAUUAAGGCAUAUUUGUUUUGUGAAACUAAAUUUCAGCGAGAGUCCAGCUCAACUAAAUCUAUUUCAUUUAGUUAGCCCAUAUGAAUUCCUAAUCUUUUGUGGUAUACGAAAAUAUUUGAUUGCUAGUCAGUUGAACUCUUAAGUUUCAUAGGCUUUAUUUCUCAAGCCCCAACUGUCAAGCUAGCAAUCAUACAGCUUCAAGCAGAAAACUCCAAAGGCUGGGUAACGAAAGGCCAAUUUACUGAGUUUCCAUUUCUUGCUGAAUUUUCUGAAUUGCUGGCUUGCCUCAAAGAGCAGCCUUCUGAUGCUUUACUCACUUUGGAGAUAUUGCUGAGCCAAAUAACUCAGAGAAUUUUCAAAACUUAUUUCUUUGAAUAAAAAUACUUUGAACUGGUGACAAUGCUUAUUAAUUUUAUCGAGGUUUGACCCAAAAUAGUCUUCUUGAUCAUUAGCAUUUGGACUGGGAUGCAAGUGUCCAUGUGCUCGUUUUGUUGGGUAGGCCAGCAGGAAGGAUACUAAUGCACUGGUGAAGCUUGAGUGCACAAUCUGAGCCUUAACACAAGUAAUGAAUAAAAUUCAGCAUUCCUCCAUAUUUUAUGAACUUAAAUGCGAUGUUCACCACCUAUCCAUCCUAUGUCUUCAGAGCUGUCUUCACAGAUAGCAAUAAAAGUGAUAUCGGAUGGUAAAAAUGAUUCAGAGCCAUGCCCGAGAGUCUCGAUUAUAAUUGAUCGCAAGUUUUGAAAAUAUGCUACCUGUGUCUUAAUGAUGCUGGUUAGAUGCUGGGCCUGACAACUUUGCUAAAUUUAUGAUUAAGCCUAAACUUCGCUGAAUGAAUCAUCAGCAAAGGCUAACUGAAAGAGCAAUGUGUUUGAUGAUGCAUGCAAAAGAUACGAGAAAAAUUGAUUAGCAAUGGUGAGUCUAUCGUCUAGACUCGCGUAAGCAUAGGAGUCCAUCCAAAGUAUCUUUUAACUGGUGACGAUAAAACAGGAAGCAAAUUCAGCAAUAAUUUUAAAGCUGUACUAUUAUUGUCAAAAAUGAGUUUGCAUAUCCGAGAUUGGCCACACCGUGCCAAUUUGCACAUCAAUGUGCUUGACUCAACUGUCUAAUAAAGAGAGUGAGUCUAUGAUCGAUAUUGUGCUCACCUACUUCAGAUGAUUAAAUACUAGUAAUUGAGUUUGAACAAUAAAGUAUUUUAGAGCAAGUAUUCGCAAAAAGGGUUAGAGCAAGAAACCUCUGAUGCUUAAACUUUCUGUCUUAUCUUGAACUAAGCUUAAGAUCUCAUUGACAAAAUGCUGGGGUUCUCUCAAUUGCUGAAGAUAAGUCAGUUCAGGAAAUUUUGAGAAAUCGUAUCUCAAAUUCUAAGAAUAUGUCCUGAGUUUAGAAUUGAGGAUCCAUUGAAAUAUGAACGAAUAUUCCCAUAUUCUAAUUUUAAAUACGCCUUGUUGAGCAUCUACAAUACUAAAAGGUUGAUCCUUGUCCAAUCAAAGCCUGAGAGACAAACUGGGACCCAACCCUACCACCUUAACAGCUAUUAUAAUGUAGAGUAUUCCAAACUGUGCAAGCCUUUAUUAUUAAAAAAUUGUGAUAAACAGAGCUGCAUGAGGGUUGGGAUUAUUAGAGUGUUCAUAUAAAGCAGGCUAGGCCAGGCUUAAACUAGUCUGCUUUAACCUACCAAUUUGUGACCCCACUUUUCAAGAGCAAUUAGUAUUGCCAUAUUGGAACUUAAGGGCUAUAGAAGCACAAAAAUGAACUUCAAAGUUUCUGAGUUUAGUUACUUGCUCAUAGGCAAUAAAUUGCUGCCAGGCUUG